UCCGGGAGCCAGCUUGUUGUGGGAAAGCUUUGGGGCACAAACGAUCCCUCCGAGUGGGUUUCUAGAGUCCGGGAGAGGGGAGGCGGGCCUCCCGGGGGUCCGCUGCUGCAGACAUGGCGGCCUCCACCGCGGCUGGGAAACAGCGGAUUCCCAAAGUCGCCAAGGUGAAAAACAAAGCCCCGGCUGAAGUACAGAUAACUGCAGAACAACUCUUAAGAGAAGCUAAAGAAAGAGAACUUGAGCUGCUUCCACCUCCACCUCAGCAGAAGAUCACAGAUGAAGAAGAAUUAAAUGAUUACAAACUAAGGAAAAGGAAGACUUUUGAAGAUAACGUACGAAAAAAAAGGACUAUGAUUAGUAACUGGAUAAAAUAUGCACAAUGGGAAGAAAGUCUGAAGGAGAUUCAAAGGGCUCAAUCCAUAUACGAGCGUGCUUUAGAUGUAGACUAUUGAAAUAUAACACUCUGGCUGAAAUAUGCAGAAAUGGAAAUGAAGAAUCACCAGGUCAACCAUGCCCAAAAUAUCUGGGACCGGGCCAUAAUAACGCUGCCGCCCAAAAACAUGCUUAUUUUGCCCACGCAUGGAAAGUGUAUGAGAGAGCUGUCGAAUUCUUUGGAGACAAACAUAUGGAUGAACACCUUUAUGUCGCCUUUGCCAAAUUUGAAGAAAAUGAGAAAGAAGGUACGAGUGAUCUACAAGUAUGCACUGGAUAGAAUUUCAAAACAAGCCCAAGAACUCUUUAAAAAUUAUACCAUCUUUGAGAAGUUUGGUGACAGGCGGGGCAUCGAGGACAUCAUCGUGAGCAAAUGGAGAUUUCAGUAUGAGGAAGAAGUAAAAGCUAAUUCACACAAUUAUGAUGCAUGGUUUGAUUACUUGCACUUGGUGGAAAGCGAUGCAGAAGCUGAAACGCGAGAAGUCUAUGAAAGAGCCAUUGCCAACGUCCCACCCAUUCAGGAAAAAAGGCACUGGAAGUGCUACAUAUACCUUUGGGUCAACUAUGCUCUCUAUGAAGAGUUAGAGGCAAAGAGAACAGCCUCUACACAGAUCGACGAUAGCUGUAUACAAGCUGAACCCACUAAGGUAUCAUCAUGGUCUGGACGUUUUAUUUUCCAGGGAACUUCAAUAGGCAAAUGUACAAAUAACAAGUUAUUUAAAGCUUACAUAGAAUUUGAGCUACAGCUUCCGAGUAUUUGACAGAUGCUGGAAACUUUAUGAAAAGUUCC